AUGGGGAUGGCGACACUGCGGCGCCGUGCGGUGUAUGCCCUGGCGGUGCUUGCGCUGCUGUGCGGCUGCUGCUUCUCCGUGUGCGGGGCGACGUUAUCGGGAUCUGAUGCAGUGGAUGUCUUGUGUCAGAACAAUAAAGGAAAAUUAAGUUGGCGUGUUUCUGGCAAGAGUAAUUGGAAGGAGUGUUCGCAGGUGGUGAAUUAUGAUGGGUCCCAUACUGCUGAGACGGCUAGUGCAGACAGCAGUGAAAGCGAAUCCAUCUGCACACAUGCAGAAUCAUGGUGUUUCUCCAUCAUCUUGGGGAAGAAAACUCUUUCACCCUCAUAA